UGAAUCUUUAAUGUUAUGGUUCUCAAUCUAAUUCAUUCGCGUCUAGUCCGUACCAUCUUUGUUUUAGAACAGGGGGAUUAUACCAGUGAAAUCUCUUAAUACAUUGAAGAAACACAUGUUUAGACAAUCUAAGAUGGAACCCUAAAAGGCGAGUGAAAUUAAGCUCUAGAGGCUCAUUUAAGUAGUGGAAGAGGUUAAUUAUCCCCCCAACCCCAAUCCCCCACAGGAGAAAAGGACAGCGGAGGUUAAAUGUCCAGAGUAGAGGAGUCAUUUAUUUCUGAAUAUGUACUGAUCUCGAUGAUGAGGCUUUGCUGCUGAGUGCUGAAAUUUACUAAUGUUUUCCCAGAAUUUUAGGCAUGGCUCCAGCAAAAAAAUCUAGAAUUGCGAAUAAGAGGUUUCCUCCAACACUGAAAUCUCUCCCAGUAAAGAUGGUAAUGGGGACAAUAUGAAGAAUAGCUUGCGGAAGAGGAAGGCGUCUGACAUGAUUGGUCCCCAUUGGAGUGAGGAAGACCUGACACACUUCUAUCAAGCAUACCGCAAGUAUGGUAAAGAUUGGGAAAAGGUUGCUGCUGCAGUGAAACCCCGAACUGCAGAAAUGGUGGAAGCUCUCUACAUAAUGCAUAUGGCUUAUUUAUCGCUUCCAGAGGGGACUGCAUCUGCGGUUGGGCUGAUUGCCUUGAUCUCUGAUCACUACUGCUACUUGCUGUGGCCCAGAUGCCGGACUCGAUUCCGGAACUCAAGCAAUGGGUCAAGGGCCUGGUGUCGCAGAAACCAUACUCCGAGCGUGCUUGGAUGGAGUUAUCAAAGGGUCGAUGGGAGGCCCGCAGUCAUAGUAAGUUUCUUUUUUAGAACGGUUAUCGUUCGGGCUUCUUCUCGAGACUACUCCCAUUUUUUCCUUUGUAGGCCUCGGGAAGGAUGUUGCAAUGAGGCCCCCAAGUGUUAACCCCGACCGCAGGCGGAAUAUAGUGCUUUCUGUCCCGGAGGAUGCCCAGGUUUUCUCUCCCCCCGGGGAUUGCUAGCUAUCUUAGAUGCUUGGUGACCGAUGAAGACCAAGCCGUGAUGAACGCGGUGGGAGCCGCUUGCCUGUUUAAUGAAGCCCAACAUGCUCUAAAUCGGGCUUCGGUAUUGCAUCACGAGGCUUUCCUCCGAAUCCGGAAGGAGCACGAGGAUGAGGUUCGGGACCUCACUGAGAAAAGUGAUACCUACAAACUUCUCAGUGAGAAGCGUCGGGCCGAUUUAGUAACGGCUCGGGAUGAGCAUGCCGAGAUGGCCGAGCAGGUCCAACAGAGGCUCGAACAAAUCGGACGGCUCCAGACGCAGGUAGAUGCGAUACAGGCCGAGGCGGAAGAAUUCAAAAAGAACAUGUACAUCCUAGCCUCGAAAAAGGAAACUGUCCAAGCGCAAUUGGAGUCGGCCGAAACCCAGCUCCAAGCUGCAAAAGAGAAGGCCUCGGUGCAGGUCGAGAAGAUCAUGAAGCUUCAGUCUCGGUUGGAUUUAGUCGUUUCUGAUAAGGCAAGCUUGGCCAACGAACUCGAAGUGGCCAGAUCUUAGGUAGUCGUGGCCAACACAAAAGCUGAUGCUAAAGUGGCCAUGUUUAGGGUCGACGUCGAGGCCAACUUUGCCAAGGCCAAGGGCAUGGUAGAUCGUGCAAAAUGGCAAGCUCGAAGGGAAGCCCUCGAGGGAGUUCAUGCCCAGGGUUUCGAUAUUAUAGCCGAAAUCGAAAAUGCCAAAGCAGAGGAAGCCAGGGCCCGGAGGCUGACCUUCCCCGAGGAAGACUUCAAGAGCUCAAGUGAAUCCGAAAACGGGGAAGAUCCCGAGGAUGUAGAUGCAACCUCCGAUGAAGACCAAGCCACUUAGGACUUUAUAUUUUUUGUUUUUCUUUUGCAUUUUUUCUGGGGCCGUUUUUGGCCGUUGUAACUUUUGCAUUAGGCCGAUUUGGCCUUUGUAAAAAACUACUGUAUAUAAAUAUAUGGCUUUUCUUUCC